GAAGAAGAAGAGGAAGAGGAAGAGCAGAUUCAACGAUCUUCCGGACGAACACUUGAAGAUAACGUCGACUUUGAUAACAUGGCAAUUAAUGAAGGUGGCACAAUUGCUAGAGUUGAAGUUGUCAAUUUCAUGUGUCAUAAAUAUUUAAAGGUUGAUUUGGGACCAAAGAUCAAUUUCGUCAUUGGCCAUAACGGAAGUGGAAAGAGUGCCAUUUUGACGGCCAUUACACUUGCUUUGGGUGCCAACGCCAGUUCAACUAAUCGUGGAAGGAAUAUUGGGUCCUUUAUCAAGGAAGGCAUGAGCGUGGCUAAUAUCACGAUUCAUCUUACCAACGGCGGACAUCGACCUUAUAAACCAGAACUAUACCCUGGCAUCAUUGUCGUUGAACGUCGAUUGAAUAAAGAGGGUGCCUCGCCUUACAAACUUAAGAACGCGUCUGGUAAAAUAGUAUCGUACAAAAAGGAAGAACUUGUGGCCAUCCUGGAUCAUUUCAGUAUCUUGGUCAACAAUCCUUUGACCAUGCUGACCCAGGAUAUGGCCCGAAAAUUUCUUAGUGAUAGUACGGCAGAGGAUAAGUAUAAGCUCUUUAUGCAUGGCACUCAACUAUCCCAACUAAAGGCAGACUUUGAAACGGUGCGCGAGAGUUUGGAUACUGCUCAUAUCACCUUGGAGCGUAAAAAGGAAGGCCUUCCCAUAUUACAGGAAAAGGCGAACGAAGCGCAACGUCGAUACGAGGAUUUACAACAAGCUAGAGAUGUCACCACUCAAAUUGAUGAAUUUAACAACGAGCUGGUGUGGUCACAAAUCAUUCUUAAGGAAAAAGCUGCUGAAAAACUUAAACGCGAUGUACUUACUGCCGAAAAAAACUUGAGCGAUAUGAAGGAGCAAUACGAAGGUCAAAAAUCAAAAAUUGACGAUGUUGUAAAGAAGAUUGAAGAUGUACAGAACGAAUGGGAUAUUCAUAAAAAUGUGCCCGAUCCUGAUGCUGACGAAAAGAAGGCAUUGCUGGAACAAAAAGUAGGCAUGGAAAUUCAAAACAGGGAGUUCAAGGAUGAACUUACCGAUAUUAAUGAGCUUAUCAAAACUACAAAAUUAGCCAAAGAGAGACAGGAGGCCAAUUUAAAGAUCCAAACAGAUAAACUUGAAGCAUCCACUAAAGUUAAGCGUGACGAGAUUCUUGAGGAGAUCAAAGGAGCAAAGGCAAAGAUCGAAGAAAAAACAGAAAAGGGUAAGGAGCUCAAGAUCCAAUUUAGCGAUCUCGAAAAUCAAAUCAGGACAACCAAAGAUAGCCGUGGACGUCUGUUAAACGAAUCCAAGGAUAUUAGAACAAAGAUCGAGGAUUACCGUAGACAAGUAAACCAAUUAGAGUCGCAACGGGGUGAUAGUAUGAAAGCAUAUGGUUCAAAUAUGCCUCAGGUUUUGGAUGCCAUUCGUCGUGAGACACGGUGGAAAAAGCGAAAACCUGUUGGUCCUCUUGGAUCUACGCUGAAAUUAUUACAGCCUCAGUAUGCCGAAACAUUGGAAAUCUUUUUUAAAAAGACAUUAAAUGCAUUUGUCGUGGAGUGCUUCGAAGACAAACAUUUAUUGUUUAGUAUCCUGAAAAGAGCAAGAAUGGAACAAACCCCAAUCAUGGUGUCUGGAUAUGACAUAUUUGACUAUUCUUCCGGUGAACCAGAUUCUAAAUACAUGACCGUACUUCGUGCACUCAAGUUUGAAGAUGAAUGGGUGAAACGUCAAUUAAUCAUUUCCAACAAGAUUGAAAAAACACUUUUAAUGGAAGAUCGUGCAGAGGCUGACAAUGUUAUGUUACAAAGACCCAGAAAUAUCCAAAUGUGUUUCACGAGUUCUGGCCACAAGGUUGGUGGCCAAUCCGGCAUGAAGACUGAAUCUCUGGAUUCUUAUCGAGGUCCUCCCAGAUUCCAAACAGAUAUCGAUUCACAAAUUAGAAAAUAUAAAGAUGACAUCGAAGAACUGCAACAGAUAUAUGAAGAGAACGAGGCGAAUAUGAGAAAUAUUACCAAUCGUAUCGCCGAACUCGAAAGGAGACAAAGGGCUUGCCGUAAUGAUGAGAAUGCCAUUGAGACAGGAAUUAGAAAGUUAUACCGUUACAUUGAAGAUAGGGAAGAUACCCUCAAAGAAGAAGAUCCUGUGGAUUUAUCUCUAUUUGAGGAAGAGAUCAAUGAGUGUAAUGAAAAGGUCAAGAAUUAUGUUCAACAAUUCAAAAGCAUCAGUGCACAGCGUAGUGUAGUCGUUGAAAAAUUAAAGGAGGUAGUCAAGAAACUUCGAUUGAUCGAGCAAAAGGAAGCAGGAAGAGAUGAAGUGUCCCAGGAAUAUCGUACCAAAGUCAAUAAGUUGCACGAAUUAAAAACAAAGCUCACUGAUAAGUUGGAGGAACUAAACGCCCAAAAACUAACAGCAAAGUCUCGUUAUGAAAGUCGCAAAACGCUUUUGGCUGAAGCUGAAAAUCUUGUGCGUACCUGGAUCCAAGAAUGUCAAGAAGACUAUCCUGACCGAGUCGAUACUGAAAGAGAGCCCCAUGUUAUUGAAAUGGAAAUCAAGCGUUUGCAAGGUAUCGCCUCUCGUAUUGAAGACCAAGUCGGCAUUAGUGUAGAAGAAGUCGAAGCUUUAACAAUUUCUACAUGUUUUGCUUGGGAUGAGGCCAAGGUAGUGAUUAAAGGUAUGGAGAAGCUAUUACGUUCUUUACGAAAAAUGCUUGAAAAACGUCUCCUUAAGUGGGAAUCUUUUCGUGGUUACAUGUCACUUGCAGCCAAACAGUAUUUCAGUUAUUAUCUUCAUUUAAGAGGUGAUGAAGGUACGCUUCGGUUUAAUCAUGUCACAAAACGAUUGGAUAUUCGUGUAUCUACAGGCGAUCAAUACAGUAAGGGCUCGCGUCAAAAAGAUUCAAGAUCUCUCUCUGGUGGCGAGAAAUCGUUUUCUCAAAUCAGUUUGUUGUUAUCAUUGUGGCAGAGUAUUUCCUCGCCUAUUAUCUGUCUUGAUGAAUUCGACGUGUUUAUGGAUGCUGUGAAUCGUAAACAAACCAUGAGCAUGAUUAUGAACGCAGCAAAUGAUAAUUCCUCGCAGUAUAUUUUAAUUACCCCACAAGAUGCUACUGGUAUCAAUCCUGGUAAAUUCGUAACAGUGCACAAGUUGGCCGACCCUGACCGCCGGGAUUGAGGUUUUUAAUCCCUUUUAUAUAUACGAUUUUAAAAAUUAUAUGUUCUCUUUCGCCAUAACCUACUGACUAGUCCGUUUGAAAAAUAAAUAAAUACCAUAAAAACAUUUAAAUGAUGAUUUGGUUCGGC